CUAAUCAAACGAUCCGUUAGUAGUAAAGCGUCUACUUGUGAGAAGUGAACGUCUAACAAUUCGUAUCUGUUAUAUGUCGCCACUGUUGUGAUGACCCUAAGCUAUAGUUGACAUUAAAGUUACUAAGUAACUGCAAACAUCAAAUUUAACGAAUCAAGAUAAAAAAAAUACAAUUAUGGAAUUUGAAUUGAAACACAAAAAAGCAAUGUCAAAAGAAGAAGUCAACAUGUUAUUGGAUCUAAUUGAAAGUAAACCAAUUAUAACCAUCAAACAAACUGACGCAACAACAAAUAAAAGUAAGGAGGAAGCCUGGUCAAUGUUAACAGCUUUUUUUAACUCUAGAAAUGGUGGAAUGCCUAGAAGUAAAGAGCAGUUAAAAGCAAAAUGGGAUAAUUUAAAGAAAGCUGCUCGGAAAAGAGACCAGGAUAUUAAGAUGAAUAGUGAAAAGACUGAUGGCAGUAGACCAAUCUUUAUUCCACCAGAUGAUGUAUUAGAUAAGGUGAUGCAUCUUCUUAAAGCAGGCCGGAAUGCUGGUGACGGAAGCAUGAAUGUGGCUGAAGACUCUGAAGGUGCUCUUGAAAAUAGUAUGGACAAUAGUACAAGCAGUAUAAUACCAAAUAUAAUAUGGGGACCAAAAAAAGCUAAGAAAAAGAAACACAACAGUUCUGUGGAUUACGUCAGACAGGCGCGAGAUUUAGCAAUAAAAAAAUACUACGAGAAGAAAGUUGAAAAAGUUAAUUUAGAAAUAAAAAUACUGAUGUUGGAAUAUGAAAAGAAAAAGAAUGAAAUUAAACCAGAGACAACGGAUGAGUUAAGAUCGAAUUAAAGAACGAAUGAAUGUAAACUCUCUUUAGUAGCUCAGUCUAUUAAGACUUUAGCGGACACAAAAUGGGAUAGAUUGUCUAUAGUCGAUCUAAUUGUAUAAAGAAGGUUCACUCCAAUAUCUAAGGGUGUAUAUAUAUCUUCACAGUAUUUUUUAUUAUUUUUUAUAAGGAGACCCCUACAUCCCUAGCCUAACAGGCACGCAAUCAGGCAGAUAUGUAACCCAGUGACUAAGCAGAAGGGGAGAGUGAAAUCUCCCCUUUCCUAAAAAGGGACAUUGUUAGCCGGGCCCGGGCGACAACUACUCCGGAAAUAUCAUCAUAAUAUUUAUGGACGGAGACUCUACCCGCGUUACCUCUCGUGUUAUUUUUGUCGGUCUGACAAUCUUGCUGCAAAAUUUCCAGCUGCCAUCUGUGCUCAAGCAACAUGUCGGAUAACCCAUCCCGGGAUACCCUCAUGCCAGUCUCGAGUUCCAGAUCGCAUCUGGCCCUUUCAAAGGUGGCACAGUCAACAAGUAAAUGAACCACCGUUUGGUCGGUUCUGUCGUCACAGUCGCACGUGGGGCUUGUCUUCAUUUUGAGUCUGUGUAUAUUGUCCAAAAGCCCUGUCGCCAGUCCGGGUCUUCGCCAUGUGAAGUGCGAAACGCCUUGUCUUGAUUUGUUUGAGCGGUCGUUCAGGUGUCUAGAGUCUGGAGUCUUGUCAGUCGUCGCAAGUAGGAAAGCGGAUAUGUAUCGUACCCUAUUCGGGUCCCCGUAUCCUCAAACCGCUUUCCCCACGAGAGCGUCUGCCCACUUGUCUCCCGGAGUUCCAACAUGCGCCUUUACCCAAAAGAUGGCAUUUUAAUGCCAUUUUCAUGGCACUCUUCCAUGUUCUGGUGAAUCUCGGCAACUUGGGGAUCGAGAGAGCGUCCACCCGCGAUGGCAUCCAGUGAAAAGCGAGAGUCGCUGAGCACGGCCGCAUUCCGCCUCCCCUUGGUCAGACAUGUCACUGCGUCACUCGGUGCGUUUAGCUCCGGCUGGUUCACAGUACAGUACCUACUGUCGUAUUGUAUGUUUUUGCAAUUUUUUUGUGCGAAGCCCUUCGUCAUGCGAUCUAGUUUCUUUUUAAUAAAAACUAUUUCUACUGCUUGUGCCCACACAGCCGCGGCGUAUAGGACUAUAGGCUCGAUCACUACAGUGUAUAGGGUGUUAUAUCCGGCUGUAAGCCCCAUCCUAUCUUUGCCACUUUCGAAACUUGUCUAUAUAUUGAUAUAGUCAUAGUGUACAAGUUGUCUAUGUGGCCUUUAAAAGUGAAUGCAGUGUCUAUUUCUACGCCCAGGAUGCUUAUUUUGUUUGUUAAUAUUAUUAUUAUUAUUCUUUUAAUAUUUAACUCUACUCCCUGCCAUUGUGUCCAGGGACUUUAUACAUCUUACAAUUUUUUUUUCAACAAACAAAAAAUUCAUUUCCGAUAAUAUUUUUAGCAACAAUAUUCAUGGGCGAGCCGGGGCGCAAUUCCCCGCGAGACUCGCUCUUUCUGUCUUGUUUGCCGCCUUUAUAUAUGGAAUGAUUUUUUCACAGAACAGUUCCAGGCACGGUCUGUGCUUUAUUAACAUGUCCUGUAGGCCGUUACGGUCUACAGUCAUCUGUAUCUGUUGCUCCAGGUCUUGCCUGGACGAUGCGAAUAUAGGGCAGUGUAGAAGCACAUGUGUCACUGUUUGCUCUUCAUUACUGCAGGCACAUGUUGGGCUUGUCAUAAUUUUAAACCUAUGCAGGUUUACAAAGGCUCCGUGCCCUGUUAGAAUUCGGGCCAUCUCGGGUGUGAAACGCUUCUCUUUUACUAAUUUAUACGCAGUUUUAACAUUGCCGAUAAAUAAUUUUGUAGUUCCAGCUGUUUCACCCCCCAGGUAGCGCUCAUUCCAUACUUCUAGAGUCCUUUGCCUUAUCUAAUGUUGUAUAUAUGACAGGGGAUAUGCGGCGUAUUCAGGUUUUGACCUUAGUUUUUUCGACGAUGUUCAAGUGUAUUUUCUGCCGUGUCGGUUGUUUUGGUUGGCGCUACUAUGAGCGUGUGGAGAGUUGGUUUCACCCAGUUUUUCUCUAAUGUUGUUAUUUGAUUAUUCGUGGGAGCCGUUUUUUCAGCUACUGCCUCUGCAUAUUAUUUGAUUUUCUUUACAGUAUUUAAAAUACAUUGAAUAUUUUAUAUACACGAGAGAAAGCUAAUUCAUGAUAAAGAAUUUAUUAGAAAAAAAAUCAUCUAAAUCAUUUACCAACCAAUAGUAAUUUAUAAUAUUAUCAAUAACGACAAUAUUAUUUAUAUUUUAAUUUGUAUCUUGUUAAAGUACCAGAAGCGCUAUUUUAUACUAUUUCCGAACUAAAAAGAUAAAUACGGGAGAUAAAUAAUGGAUGUUGAUAUUAUACAUAUGUAAAUAAUUUAGUUGUAAGAAUAAAGUUAUUUUUA